UCACGUUUCAAGCCCCUCCCUCUCCUGAAUUACGAGGACCGGCGGGUGACGUCAGGGUGGUCGCUCCGCGCAUCAAACUGACCGGACGGACCGAGACACAGAGACACAGAGAGCUGAAGCCGGAGCUUGAGACAGAGAUUUGAAGAUGGGAAAAAUCUGCACCAAAUCAUUGUUGCUGGGGGUUUUUCUUGGUCUGUUCCUCCUCUAUCUCAGUAAAGAUUUUGCUGCCAAAAGAGCCAUUUGGAUCCCCAACACUGUGAGAGAGGGGAGCAGUGAAAUAAAAAGAUCCACCACGAACAUCUCCUACGUAUACUCCUUCCCGAAAUGCCAACAAAACACUUCCGCUGCCAAAGUGAAAGGCUUCAGCUCUCUUCCUCUUCAUAUUCAAGACUUUCUCUACCAUAAACACUGUCGACAUUUUCCCAUGCUGCUGGACGUUCCUGACAAAUGCGGAGGAGCUGAUGAAUCUGCACAGGUCUUUCUUCUCCUGGUCAUUAAAAGCAUCCCUGAUAACUUUGAACGCAGAGAGGUACUGCGCAAAACCUGGGCUACUGAGAGGCUGCACAAUGGUGUGCAGAUCCGGAGGAUCUUCAUCUCAGGAAUGACGGGUUCUGGUUUUGAAAGAGAGAGACAGAACAGACUUCUUGAACUGGAACAAAAUGAGUACAAUGACAUUCUUCAAUGGGACUUUAGAGACACGUUCUACAACCUCACCUUAAAGCAGGUACUCUUCCUAGAAUGGAUGGAAAGAAAUUGUCCGAAAGCUCGCUUCUUGCUAAAUGGUGAUGAUGACGUUUUUGCCAACACAGACAACAUGGUUGAGUAUCUCCAAGGCCUCAGGGACAAUGAUGGAAGCAAGCACCUCUUUACCGGACAUGUGCUUAAGAAAUCGGGGCCCAUUAGAUCACCAGGGAGCAAGUACUAUGUCCCAGUACAAGUGCAGGAGUCAAAUUCUUAUCCCCUUUAUUGUGGUGGUGGAGGCUUCCUCCUGUCGGGCUAUUCAGCUAUGGUCAUAUACAACAUGUCCAGGUCCAUCCCUUUUAUUCCUAUUGAUGAUGUUUACAUGGGGAUGUGUAUGGCCAAAGCAGGAUUAGGUCCAGUUUACCAUAUGGGUGUAAGGACAUUAGGAAUGUACAUUCCCUCGCAUAAACUAGAUGAAUUUGAUCCCUGCUAUUAUAAAGAGAUUUUACUGGUGCACAGAUUCCUUCCAGCAGGCAUCUAUCUUAUGUGGCAAAGAAUAAAUGACCCCAAUCUAAAAUGUGAAUCAGGGAAGAAAUCUUUUUGGUAGCAUUAAGCUCACUGGUAGUGUCAAUACCCUGCGAUCAAUUGACAGCAGCUCUAUGACACAGCCUCUAAUGUGACUGGUAGAGGUUUAACCUAAACCAGACAACAACAAAAAACAAUUCCAUACCCUGACAGUGACACAGAGUACUUAUGUUUGCAACAUUAAUUAUAGACCUACAGUACACUGCUAUGCAAGUGUAUGGCCUUUUUAACAAUGUUGUUAUUGUGUUAUUUUUUUGCAUAAACAGGUUUUCGUUGGCUCGCUUAUGCACUUCAGCAGAGAGAGAGAGAGUUUUAAUUACUGAUCUUUUUUCACAGAACAUAAAACUUGUUUGAGGCACCACAUCUUCUCAAAAUCUUCUACAUUACUUGUCAAAAUAAAAAAAGGAAAAUCAGUUUUCAGUCUUGCUUUUAACAUGCGUCUAAAGAUGCAUGUUACGUCUACAUUGAAUGAGUUUUCAAGCUUGUUUAGCCGGCAAAUAUAGAUUACCAUCUUAGUUUGCCGCAAAACAAGAGUUGACAUUUUAUUGUAUUUGUACUGUUGUACGCAGUCGGCAAAAAUCAAUGACAAAAAUAGUCGCAGACUAAUUUAAUCGUCGAUGAUUCGUUGAUUACGUCAUAGCGUGUGUUUUUCGUGCAGUGCAGCUGAACUACAUGUCGAUUUACCGGAGGUGCUGAUGGAAGUAGCUGAGGAGUGAGCCAUCUCACUCCCUUUCUAUCUCUGAAAGUCACGCGCAUGUUCAAUAUUGAAAAAAACAUGGACCAAUGGCGAUGUACGUUGCAUUACCAUCGCAUACCAGAAAGUCAAAAGUAGUAUUGGAGAACUUCACACUUAACAUAGCCCAAAAAAAAACUACCUGCAAUAUUUGUUGGGCGGACCUGCUCUCCAUGGAAGCAGGACACGGGCAUUUGAAGAGGAGGCCCGUUUGACAUCGUAACGUAGACGAUGCGGACUCGCCUCUGUAAGAUAGCCUGUUAUUUAGCUUGCUUUAUAAACGUAUACCUGUGCGCAGGAUUCUAGAAUCCAUUUAAAAAAUAUGGUGUUUAAAAGCGUAAUGUUAUCCUAUAGCCUAGGGGUGUCCAAACUAUGGCCUGCGGGCCAACUGCGGCCCGCCAUCCAUUUUUAAUUUGACCAGUAUCAAAGUCUAAAAAUAUAAUAUAUACCCCAAAAAAAUUGUAGCACUUAGAUGGCCCUUACUUAUAGCACUUUGUUUUGCUUUAUUUUUGAAUAAAUUGUACUUUCUUGAUUUUUGUUGUUCUGGGUUUGUACCCCCGGGGUUGCAUGCACUUAUUGUAAGUCGCUUUGGAUAAAAAAGUCAGCUAAAUGAAAUGUAAUGUAACGCUGCCACGCCGCCACGCCCCCUGCCCAGAGCAACACGGUUGAGUCGCUCAGGGCAGGGGGGCAUGGCGGCGUGAGUGGCCCAGUCCUUCGUAUCCUUUGCUGCAUGUGGCCCUCGGGACAAAAGGUUUGGACACCCCUGAUAUAGCCUGAGACUGUAGUUUUGUUUGUUGAUGUUUCUAUUGCUGAAACGUUUCAUGUCGUUUUGUUAACAGAAAAAAUGGAUACUUGAUUUUUAAUUUAUUUUUAGUAGCAGCACUUGGCCUGUUCUUGGUUCACAGGAAAAAGGGAAUCUUGAAUUAGAUUUUUUUUUUUACAUUAGCACUUUGCCUUUCCUUGGUUUUAAAUGGACAAAAACUAGAUUUUUCUUUGCGUUUGUAUCAAUAGUAAACUAAUAUGCAGCAAAGUUUAUUAAAAUACAUUUUUGAAUGAC